UUCCAGCCCUUGGACUCCUGGUCGCUCCUGAAGGACAAUGCCGAGUUGUGACUGGGGUGCCCGGGUGGGGGGCCGGGAGGAGCCGGAGAUGUGAGAACUGCCUUUAUCUUUCAACUCAGUGGAAACUUCCCUUCCCUGAGCAGAGCUGAAGGUUUAUGGCAGGCACUUCCAUCACUGUCUCCUAGUCACAGAGCUAUUGCCAGUAUGCUUUCAUGGAGAGCAGCAGAGCCUAAGGGUGCACUUCUACAGCUGGCGUAAUCUGACAUAAAUCUGUGCUGCUGAAAGAGAAGAGACAAGGCGCCUCUCCUUGUCCCCUAGCCUUGUUCUUUUUAAUCUGCAAUAACUUUCAGCUUGUCUAACUUGAAAGCCACCACCAGCCCAAGUGAGAGAACAGAAGGAGGCCACAGGUACCAAACCAAAGAUGUCCUCGACAAGAAAGAUUCUACUCAUCCUGGGAUUCCUCUCUACUUUGGCUGUAAUUGCUUUAAUUGCUGUAGCAGUGACCCAAAACAAGCCACUUCCGAAGAACAUUAAGUACGGGAUUGUGCUGGAUGCGGGAUCGUCCCACACUAACCUCUAUGUGUACGAGUGGCCAGCAGAGAAGGAGAACGACACUGGAGUGGUGAAGCAGGUGGAGGUGUGUAAAGUUGAAGGCCCUGGGAUCUCAGGUUACUCCCAUGCCACAGAGAAGGCAGGUCCCUCUCUGGCACAGUGCCUACAACAAGCAAAAGAGGUGAUUCCCUCAACGCAGCACAAAGAGACACCUGUCUACCUCGGAGCAACUGCUGGCAUGCGGCUUCUCAGGUUGGAGAAUGAAAGUGCAGCUGACGAAGUCUUGUCCUCAGUAGAGACGACACUACGCUUAGCUCCGUUCAACUUCCAGGGUGCCAGAAUCAUCACUGGUCAGGAAGAAGGAGCCUAUGGAUGGAUCACCAUUAAUUACCUUCUGGGCAGUUUCAAGCAGUCUGGCUGGAAAAAGCUUCUGCAUUCCCUGAAAUCCACAAGUGAGACAUCAGGAGCACUAGACCUCGGAGGAGCCUCAACACAGAUUACCUUUGUAUCAAAGGAACUCUCUUCUGAGUCUCCAGAGAACCAGCUCUACUUCCGUCUCUAUGGCAAGGAUUACCAGGUGUACACACACAGCUUUCUCUGCUAUGGGAAGGACCAGGCUCUGCAACAGAAACUGGCCAGGGACCUACAGACCGUGGAGAGCAGCAGUCUCCUUGACCCGUGCUUUCACCGGGGGUAUCAGAGGACUAUAAAUAUAAGUGACUUCUUCAAAAACCCUUGUACAUCAGACAAGAAAAAGCAAUUACCUUUCAGCCAGCUGUACAUAGAGGGAGAGGGGGAUUAUCAAAAGUGCCGAGAAAACAUCCAGAAACUCUUCGACAAAACCAAUUGUCCUUACUCCAGUUGCUCCUUCAAUGGGAUAUACCUACCUCCAUUACAAGGGGAUUUUGGGGCUUUUUCUGCUUUCUAUUUUGUGAUGAACUUUUUGAACUUGGCCGGUGAAGCAAGCCCUGUUCCCCUGAACAAAGUGACCAGAACCAUUGAGAGCUUCUGUGCCCGGCCUUGGCAAGAGGUGAAGACAAUGUAUCAAAACAUCAAAGAAAAGUACCUGAGUGAAUAUUGCUUCUCUGGAGCCUACAUCCUCUCUCUCCUGGAAAAUGGCUAUGAAUUCACCGAAGAUAACUGGCAAAGGAUCCACUUCCUUGGAAAGAUUGGUAGCAGUGAUGCAGGUUGGACCCUGGGCUACAUGCUGAACCUGACCAACAUGAUCCCUGCAGAGGAGCCAGCUGUGCCCCCUCUCUCUCACGGCAGCUACGUAGGGCUGAUGGUGCUGUGCUCCCUUGUGCUGGUGUCUGUGCUCCUGUUUGCUUGGCUUCUCUUUCACAAGCCCAAGUGCCUGCAGAAGGGGGUUGUUUAGGAAGAACCUGGAGGGGAGAGGGGCCAUGUCACCCUGGCUGUUCAGGGCUAGGAGACCCCAGCAGAGCAGCCUGUACUGCAGAGUUCCUCUCACUGAAGCUACUGACUGUACAACAAGGGCAUUUAUUUCUUCUGACUCACAUUUGCACUGAGAGAUGUUGGGACAUCAGGCUCGCCACCUUUCUCUGCCAAGGACAGACAAGCUGGUGUCCCCUCCUUGAAUGGGUUGUACUUUCAUUCAAUGAAACUUUGCUGCUUGUUGAUUUCUGCCUUGUGCACAGCAUUAUAAAGAGAAAAGUGGCAGCAAUCUUUGGGAGCCAGUGCUCCUGCGAGGGCAAUCUCAGGGUCACACAUCCCACUGAGCUCUUGGGAGCUGUCACACACAGGGUGAUCCUGCUCCUUCUCCGCUGAAGCUGUUCCCAAGAGCCCUUUCCACACCAGCACACCUCUGCUCACCUCCCUGGGCCCUGAGCUCUCGCAGCCCUACAGCUGGGUACAGCACUUGCACCUGACUGGCCCCUGAAGGUGGGUCAGGCUCCCAAAUGCCACUCUCGGAAAAGAAGGGACGAGGAUGAAGAAACUGAGUGUGCUGGUGGUCAUCAGCCCUUAUCUGGGCUCUGGUGGCUGUCAGCUCCUUUUGCAGGUGGUAAGAAGCCUUUUUCCCACAUCUUUCUGAUGUUGUUGCUGGACCAAAGCUGGCUCACUGUCGCACUGAGCCAUUCCCAUGCCCCUAGGGUACAUCAAGACACGAGUUCCCAGCCAGGCAUUGCUGUUUUUUGCAGGAACAGCUUGUACUGGCCAAGGAUCCUUGCCCAGUAGUGAGUGCUUAUGCCUACAGGAACUCUGGUGUUAUCAGCAUGCCUGUAGGUAUAGACCCACUAAAGCAAUCCAGGGUCACUGGAUAAUAGAGCAGCCUCCAAUCUACGGAAAAUGUUUAUUAAGUAAUGUUGUUAUAGACAGCUGGCAGCAGUUAACCAGCAUUGGUUAACUUUGCUUUCCAUCAGCAAAAUUACUGAAAAUUUGCCUUUCCUUCCCUGAUGGAAUAGGCUUAUCCUAUGGCCAUAAGACCCAGGGCCUGUGAGUGCACAUACUGAGGCCCAUCUUCUAGUACACAACUAGGAUGAUGCCAUUGAUUGGGUUUAUGAAUCACUUUCUUCCAUUUUUCCAUUCCUUGUUCUGAAAAAAAAAGAAGAGGUAAGUCAGAAAUCCAUUUUUGUAAAAACACUCAGAAACCACUGGUGCCUGUCUACCUCCCACAAAAUCUUGGAUAUCUCUCCUCCUAAUGGCCUGUAAGUGCCGGAGGUCAAAAGAAAGCAGAUAUUAUAGAGAAAAAGGCAUAGUAAACAUGUACCUUCACAUGUUUCCCCAAGCAAAGGUGCAGGCAGCGAGGAGGGGGUCAGCAUGUGCACACCCAACAACACCUUCUCCUUUAGGCAAGCGCAGACACAGAACUCAGAGUUUUCAUGCUCUCCCAACCUGUUCUUCUGCACAGUUCAGGCAUGAAAAUAUCCUGCAGUUAUUUCUGCUUUAUGCCUGGAAGUAGAAGCCCUAACAUAUUGAAGAACCUAAAGGUAAGGGAAAAAUCUACCCUGUGAUCUUUGGGCAGAUCGUUGUUCUUCCAAAAAUUUGUGUCUUAUUUUUGCUCUGAAGUAGCUGACUUCAGCUUCUGUUGGACCUUGUUCUGCCCAUUUCCAAAGGACUGAGUAACUCUGCUAUUAAAAAUCCCUUUUUCCUUGUUGGUGCUUGCAAAUUGUCAUUAUAUCAUAUUAAAUAGGUUGAUCUUCAAUCUGUAAAGUGCUCUGUGCUGACCUCACUUAUAGCUCUUGACUCCGCUUCUUUUAAAAGUUUUACAUCUUUCUGAAAUUGGAACACCAAAGUUUUUAUCAGUGAGUGAUAGUAGAGUCAUUAAUAGUGUGUAUAAAGUAAUAUCCUCUGGUUUUGAUCUAUACUCUGCGUUCCCCAUUUAUAUAUCUCAGGGCCACAUCUGCUCACUCAACAGAAAGUUUUGAGACUGUUUUGUCCAGUUGGACUAUUGCAACUUUUUUUUUUCUCUCAGUAAUUGCAUUCCAGAACAGCUGCUGUCCCACAUUGUGCAUCACUGUCUCCAAUAUAAGCUAUUUUGCCUUCCACGUAGCUCCACUGAAAGACACACUGUUCAAAGAAUAUUCCCCCGAGCAGAUUAUCCAGUUCAGUCCACAAAUGACACUUCACCACACUGUUAGUCCAUUCACCAGUUUUUGUUUUAUCUGCAAAUAGACUGAGAUGGAUUCAGCUAGAGAUGCAGUCUUCCUUCAGUUUUUUUCAGCAAAUAUAGGUAGAUGAGAGACUAAUGGUAGUUUUUGAUCGUGGCUGGAAGGCAUGCAGGAGACACAUGUGAUUAGAGCUGCUUCUGCUGCCCAGACAGCCUCAAUUGCAACACACCUCAUCUUGUGCCACCUCCCUUGCAUACGGAGUCCUCAUAGCAAAGCAGAGGCCCUGCAGAAGUUCCCCACACAUGCUGGUGCAUCCUUUCUCCCCAUGAACAGCAUGGAAACCUGCAAAAUGGCAAUUCCUCUCCUGAGAUCUCUUUGGGGAUCUGACAGCUGCUGAGUUGUGUCCAUGAUGGGAACUGGCAGAUCCAUUAAGACAUUUCAGAAAUUGAUGUAGAAACUCCAUGUGGAAGCUGGUGUGGAAAGAAAGCUUGUGCCAGUCUGAUUUUCUGGUCCCUGCUAAGGGUUUAUGCCAAAGGAAAAGGACAAAUACAGAACCUGUGAGAAGAGCUUUCACAAAGUUUUGUAUCUUUAUUGCAAGUCCCAUAGUAUUAAUAUUGUUAGCUCCUGAUUCUAGAGCCAGGUGAGCAGCUGGUGUCUUCACUUACUCCCUCCCAUCAUAAUUAUCUUGCUUUUUGGUUUCAGUUUUGGGGUUUUUUUUAAAGCUUUAAAUAUGACUUGAGUGUAACCUAAGGGCCCCAAGCUAAGAUAAAUACAAAAUAUGUUACAUUUUUUAAACCUUGUGACUAUUAGAUCCCAUUUAUAAAUCAAUCUCUCCAAAAUUAGAAUUUUGAAGGUGACAACAGACAUGCCAUUUGAAAAAUCACUUGAGCAGACUGAGGCUCCAGGAACUGGUUGACUGAAGGCAUCCUGUCAAGGUGGGACCCUUGAAUAUCAUUGCCUGAAUGUGAACCUUCACAGAACAGCCUAUGACUUUUUUUUCUCCCUAUUUCUCCUGUUAUUGCAGGACUUUAUUCAUAAGAGGCGACUCAAAAUCCUUGCUCAAAGAGUUCAAGUUUAAUGAAUAUUCAUUUCUUUGCUUCUGUGUUGUAUCUGACCCAGCUGUAUUCAGUUCAAAUGUUCCAGAGACACCCAAUGUGUACAGGAAGACCAUUAAUGGUAGUGGAGGGAAUGUCCAAAUAUGCCAGUAAUAAUGUAUCACUUCUCUUGUUAAUACAGUUGAUCUGCCUCACUGAUAAUUAUUUGUGCCUUAUUUCUAAUUUGACAGCUUCUGGCUUUAAUAUCUGGCCACUGGUUGCUGUACUGUUUUGCUUUUCUGGGGUAAAGCAUCUUUUAACACCACAUGUUCUUGUCUAGCAAAUAUUUAUUCACUAUUCAGCACUGCUGAGCUGCCAAGAUUCCAGACCUUGGUCUCUCCUAGAAGAGAGAGCUCUCCUGGGCUCCUAGGAAGCCCUGAGAUGUGCUGCAGCAAGGUGAGAUGUCUCUGUUUGGGGUUCAAAUAUUGAUAGGUCCGUUUUUGGGAAGGUUCCUUGCAGGGAGAUUUCAUAGCUUUGGAUAGUGCAGGAGCAGUCUGGUCUUGCCGGGACUGAUAACUUCUGUGAGCUCUCCCAUGUUCACCCAAGUGUCAGGUGUGAGGCAAAGCCACCGGAACUUCUCAGAGGAGAGAGCCUGGGUGCCUGCAGCACACUCACCUCUUGCAGAAAACAACUGGUCCUCACCACAGGCUCUAAGUACCUUUCACUCUCCUCCCUGAUAAAGCUACCUCUCCUCUGUGCACAGGCUACAGCUGACUUCUCUGGCCCUACAGCAAAGCACAGGGGAGCCUCCACUUGAAAGGAAGCUCUCAGAAGUGGGGCCAUCACCUCUGCAGUGGGAGCCCGAUUUGAAGUGUCUGGGCUGGCCAGGGCUCUUCAGCUUCUCCAAGAGCAACCCUGGGCUGGAUGUGUACCCCUUCCUUCUCCACCCCAAUUCUUCCCAUGCUCUGUGCCAGGAAGGAUGCACAGGCUCUGCAGGGCUGCCAGCUUCAUCACAGGCUCUACAGACUGUUUAGGAGGGGCUGGGGGGACACGCUGAGGACAACAGUUCCUGCCACCCAGGCCAUGUGCUUUCUUUCUGUGGCCCAGCCCUGAAGAAAUGGAUCUUUGUUUUGAUGCACACACAAGUCUCUGUAUGCUUAUCAUAAUAAAGACUUCUGAACUUA